AAUUUUCUGCAAUUAAAACAUUAAUUUUAAUUGUAAUUAAAAAAAGUUAAUAAUGUGGAAGGUUGCUGACUUGAUACAGUGAACAAAAUAAACACCCUCCACCAAGGUGUCAAAAAUUUAGGUGGAUUGGUACAUCAGUAUUUAAAAUCAAAGUCAUAAAAUCAGUUUAUUAAUAAAACUGCAAAACAGUACAGUAUUUAUUUGAAAAGUACUUUUAAAGAACACAUCUGCUCCAUCAGCAGACAAAUAUACAUAAAAAACAAAAAUAUACGUAAAACUAAAUAUGCAAUUUAUUUAAGAGCCAUACUUGACUUUUGCAAAGAAAGCCAAGUAAGCUAUAAAAUUCUGUUUUAUGCUGCAUGAGUAUAACACUAUCAUAACAGUUAGCAGUACUGCUUCCCCCUCACCCCUUUUCAGUUUCAUAUUUAUUAAUCAUCAGAAUCUAUGUUACAUUAUACUUUUUUAAAACAAACCCUAACAUACAUGCUUAUGUCUCAGUAAGAUUGAAAAGAUACAGUCUGAAAAAUAAAAGUGGAAUAACUAAAAUUAAAAAUGUAUUCUUUGAGACUGUGGCAGUGAAGGCUUUUACUUCAGUCGAAAAUAAUUUUUCUUCCUAAAUGUUUGUAAGAAUCGAACUAAUAAGACUAAACAGGCUUUUUACAAAGAGAGCAACAUGCUCUUUCAUAAAUUGCAGAACUUUAGUUGCUAUGUAAUAUACUCGUGAACCGGUGAGGUGAAAUGUGACAUCACGGUGACGGCCCUAACAACGUCACAAUUGCAACGUAGACAUUUGUUAGCAGUAAUGCAGUGCUGCUGCUGUACGCCAGAUUGAUAGUACGUUUAACGUUUUCCAAAGAACGGCAGGAAAAGAGGAAUUCUUUCAACAUUGCCAUGGCGCCUAGUAAAGGAAAGAAGAAAAAAGGUCUGAAAACUUUGAAAGACAACACACUUGACCUCGAAGAAGAAAAGAAGAGGAAGGCCAAAAUGUAUGAAACUAGCACUAAACUUUGGGAAAUGAAGCUGAAGAGAGUUGAGCAGGAGUUAGCCUACCACCGGAAGGAACUGUACAAGAGGGCCGGCGAUACUGAGCAACUAAAAAGCUCCCUAUUCCUGGCGGAGAAGAGCAAUAUUGGCAUCACUGAUUAUUGGCUAAAAGUAUUAAAACGUAAAGAUGAGAAGCUCAAAGUGCUGGAGGAAAAGAUCAAAAAGCAAGAAGAGAUCGCAGGACAACGGACACUUGAGGUGGAAAAGGAAAGGAAGCGAGAUUUGAAAAAGUUUGAGGAUGGCAUUUUAAAAAAGAAUGCCACUGAGGCUCGGAUACAGAAGAAAAUUAUUAACAUUAGAAAGCAAAUGCAACUGUCUAAAGAAGAAUACAGAGAAAACCUAAAAAUAAAAGACGAGAAAUAUUUAGUCUUGCUGAAGGAAUCAAGGGAGAAAGAAUGGAACUUCAUGUGCAAAGAAAGGGAGAUGAAUCAGUUGAAGGCUGAGCAAGAAAACAAUAUCGCCAGGUUGGAAAUUGAACUGAGCAAUGCUAAUAAAGAGAAAAAUUGGCUAAUUAAAAACCUAAAAAUUGCCUUGAUUAAUUUAGAUGAGCUGAAGCAAAUUGCUCAGAAACUGUCUAACGAAAAAGUCUCACUGGCGGUGGACAGAAACGUUCUGAUAUCAACGUUACAAACGAACAUUCGUGAGAUGGAUUUUAAAGAAAAGAUGACUGCUGAAGCCACGGCCAGAGCUGCCUGUAUGGAGCAGGCCCUCAAGCACAUGAAGGAAGAAGCUACAGAGAAUGAGAAAAGAAACCAAGUCACCACCCAGGCCAGUCAGGUGGAGUUGGACAAACUACAAAAAAUUAUCACCAUGCGAGAGAAGGAGCUCUGUCAAGUGAAGAAGCUGGCGAGGACCAUUGUGGAUCAACGCAAAGACAUGGAGAUGUUUUUCCACGAUGCCCUGGAAAACGUCCGACAGGAGAUGGCUAAGGAAAGAAAGAAGAGGGUAAAGGGGGCGAAACAAGACUGUCAGAAAUUUAGAGACGGAACAGAAGGAAAGGGAAAGUUCCCCCUCAUCCACAAUGUCGAUCAAAGUCCCACCAGCACCAAUUCUGUCUACUCAGACAUGAAGGCGCCUGGAAAUUGGCCCCAUUGCAAAGAGGUUUACAUAUCUGAUCUCACUUGGGAGCAAAAAGAAAAAGUGCUCACUCUUCUCUUUGCUAAAAUGAACGGAAAUGCAGAACGUGCGUCAAAAUCGAGUACGACGAGGCUCGACUGUGAUUUCCAAAGUGGAGGAUGGCUUCACCGCCGUGGUCCACAAGAAAGAUUGAUGAAAGUUCUGUAGGACGCAGAGCCGCCGAACGCUGUCAAAAGUUUCAUCAAUAAAUAUAUGCAUUGAAAAAAUACUUGUGUAAUUAUUCAUGCUCUUAGGAAAGGACAAUAACUAUGUCAUUUAUUAAUAUUAGGAAAUGAGAAAUAGAGAAAUUAUAAGAAUUGUGAUUUAUCAUAGCGAUAAAACUAAUGUUUGCAAACCAAUAAAAAAAAAUAAAUAAAUUGUAGGGUUUUAUGGAGCCCCCUACUGCGUUCCUUGACAAUAAACAGUAAUUAUUGUGCUCCCUAACAGUAAAAGUUGCUUUCCCUCGCAAUACAUUUUUUGUUUUAAUAGAUUUGCAUUACCUCGGACUAAAAUGCUGUAUUCCCUCACAACAGCCUUUGUGUUCUCGCGCAAUUAAUGUUGCGUUCCCUCAAUAAAUGUUGCAUUGCCUCCCAAUAAAGUUUUUGUUCUCUCAUAAUAAACUUUUUGUGUAAUCGCAAUAAAAUGUUCCCUCACAACAGGCUUUGCGUUCUCUCUCAAUUAAUGUUGCAUUACCUCGCAAUUAAUUUUUUGUUCUCCCGCAAUAGACUUUGUGUGUCCUCACAAUAAAA